UCUGCAGAUGAAAGACAUGCAAUAUGGCGGUGCAAGGUGGUGAGAGUGUGAUGGUUCGAGGCCAGGCUUUCAGGGUUGGCCCUCGAUAUAAUGAUCUGAAAUAUAUUGGUGAAGGGGCCUAUGGAAUGGUCGCGUCUGCGAAUGACUUACACCGUGGAUCAAAAGUUGCAAUCAAGAAAAUAUCUCCAUUCGAACAUCAGACAUAUUGCCAGAGGACGUUACGGGAAAUAAAAAUAUUAACGAGAUUCAAGCAUGAAAACAUUAUUGACAUUCGGGAUAUCAUUAGAGCAUCAUCCAUAGAAGAAAUGAGAGACGUAUAUAUUGUGCAAUGCUUGAUGGAGACAGACAUGUACAAGUUACUGAAGACACAGCAGCUCAGCAAUGAUCAUAUUUGUUACUUCCUUUACCAAAUCUUACGUGGUCUCAAAUACAUUCAUUCAGCAAAUGUAUUACACAGAGAUUUAAAACCUAGUAAUUUGUUAUUGAAUACGACAUGUGAUCUUAAGAUAUGUGACUUUGGUUUGGCGCGAGUUGCUGACCCAGAACAUGACCACACAGGCAUCUUGACAGAGUACGUGGCCACAAGAUGGUAUCGGGCACCAGAAAUCAUGCUCAACUCCAAAGGUUAUUCAAAAGCAAUUGACUUGUGGUCCGUCGGCUGUAUUUUAGGAGAGAUGCUCGCUAACCGACCGCUCUUUCCAGGGAAACAUUAUCUCGAUCAACUGAAUCACAUCAUGGGUGUGCUUGGUUCGCCGUGCAGCGAUGAUUUAUCUUGCAUCAUCAAUGAAAAGGCAAGGAACUACCUGAAAUCGUUGCCCAUAAAGCCUAAGUUGUCUUGGCAGAAGGUCUACCCAAAGGCAAGUCCGAAAGCUCUGGAACUGUUAAACGUAAUGUUGACUUUUAACCCAUCGAAAAGGUGCAGUGUCGAGCAGGCGUUGAGCGAUCCAUACUUGGAGCAGUACUAUGAUCCCGCAGAUGAGCCUAUUUCUGAGACCCCAUUCACAUUUGAACAGGAGUUGGAUGACUUACCAAAGGAGCGCCUUAAGGAGUUGAUAUUUGAGGAGACCAACAGAUUUCAUGUUGCGUAAUCAGUAAAUGGUAUGACCAUAAAGAUCACAAUGGAAACAGCUGACUGUAAAUUGGUGGUAAACGAUACUGAAGGGUCAAAGGUCAAGACGUGCAUGUUGGUGGCCUCAUUGAUGAGUCGGGAACUCAUGCGGAGAACUUAUAAUCCUGUGCAUUUUAUGAAAUCACACGAUUGUAUUUGAAUAUUUGAUCCUGUCGUUUUGCUGCUUUGAACACCCAGGUUUUAGACCAGGGUGCGCUAGUGUAUCUUGUCUGGAGUCACGUCGUUGUCCAUGAUAUUUCUGUUGCUGUAGCGAUGAGUUUGGUAUCUGUUGCUAGGGGUUAGCAUUUUAGACCAUAUGUAUAGCUCCAUGUUAUCUGCAUAUAAAGCACCAUGUGUUAAUAACUUUGAGAUGGUGAUCACACUGAAUGCCUGGUCCUCCCUGCUGCAUCCACAUUUUUCUAAUGCUUUUGCUAUUGAUUACUCAAGAGGUAUAUAUUUUCAAAUUGCAACAGAACUAUGUAGCUUGUAAGAGAUGGGCUUAUUAGCGCGUAGAAGCCCCAACUAGUAGUUUUUCUGCGAAAAAUCUAAACUUUUUUCUUCGUUAUUUAGGUAAUUUCUCUGUGAUACGUCCAUUGCAGUAGUUUUAUUUAUUUACAACGGCAUUAUUACUGUUUCUGUGUCUCUUUGAAUAUUGUAUGAAAUCAUGGUCAACUUUUUUAUGGCCACUCUUCACAAAUGUACAAAUGAAGGAAUGAAAUCAUGAAAAUCUGCAAAAUUUAAAACUUUUGAAAGGCCAAUGGUUUAUUGUCACUCCACAUGAAUGCAAAUGGACUGGAAAUAGAAUCAGGUGGAUAGUGAUAAAAAGCAUCAAAAUAAAUGUAAUUGGAGUGUUAAGCCACAAUGAAAUUGGCUGGUUGGUUUAUCCAUUUUACAUUGUAUAGUUGCCAUGUUUAAAACAAGAUGUACUUACAUGUAUAUGUUCUUGGGUUUGUUGCACUAAUGUUUAACUGGACAUUGCAUGCGUGGGGGGUAUGUCCAUGAAAAUGAAAUGUUUGAAACUUUUUUGUUUUGGGUUGUUGCUGAUUCUGAUUUUGUUGUAAGCUGAGUUGAUGGUUCAUUUUACACCUUGGCAGGGUGUUAUAGGUGUUGCAUCACAGUAUUUGUCAUUGUGUAAUCCCAUUUUCGAAUGGUCCCUGAUCUCAACAGCUACAGGUAUCACUUCCUGUUGUGGUAAAGACACUUCAUGUAUGAGUACAUGUUGAGAACUGUGUCAGACAACAGCUUGAGGCUAGGCCCCCAGUCACACGUGGAUACUGGGUGAAUACUGACCCGUUUGAGUGAGAAGAACAACUAAACAUGUUCACAGGUACAUCCUACCAUAAAGGCAAUGUGUGUCUCCCUUGUUAGUUACCACAAGGCUUUGUUUACCAUGGCAGCCUCUGGGCAGAAAUCAGGCCUAAUAGAUGUCACCAUAGUAACCGAGCUGAAGCUCCUUUAAGCCUUCUGUUGAGGGAGUUAUUGACCUUGUCAUGGUUUGCUUGUGUUGGCUUGUACCUCUGUGAAUGAAACCGAUCAGAAGUCUUAUGAGUAAGAUACCCUAGUAUUCAGAUGUCAACUCAUUGCUCCACUUGGUUGGUUUGGUGAAUCAGUGGUCUCUGUCCCAUGGUGAAAUCUGUGCACCUCUACCUGAAAUUGCAGUAAAUUUUUAAAAAAGUGAAUUUCUGUCAUAUUUUGAUAGCAUACAGGGUUUAUGAGGCUCUGGAUAAGUUAUGUUCAAUCAGUUAAGUUCCAAUUUUGUUCUGUUUAUUGAUUUUUGACAUUUAUCUUCUGUUGGUUAUUUUGUUAUGGGGACAUUGGUGACAUUGGUGUUGACAACCCUAAGGUCCUCAGUUGGGUGAUGUCUGAUCCCGCCUCGGGCUGUCUCUCAAUCAUUGAUAGGUUGGUGCCCAAGCCUCCAAGGUGCAACUUCAUCUGUUAAAUGACCCGAACGCUUGUGUUGUCAAUGGUAUGUUUAAUGCUAUGAAAGGCCUGUAUGCUUGCUGUAAGUUCGGUGGAUGUGUUUCGACAGCUUUAGUCAUCGUCAUUACCCUUAACAUAUUGUCAAGCACAAAUAAAUUGUGGUUUGAUUUUGACCAAGUUUGUGGAUUGUAUGUGUAGUGGUAUAAUUUGGAAUGGUUAUCAUGUUCAAGUGAUAUGUACCAGUAGCGAGAAAAUGUCUAUCAAGUUGUGGUCAGCUUUGGUCUACAUAUUGAGUAGCACAUACAGAAUGUGAUUGGUCAAAUUGCAUCGUUCUUAUUGAAGGUGGGGUAAGUGACUGACAUAUGGUCAGAGUUUUCGUAAAUCUCCGAUAAGGUAGGACAAAGUUCUAGCAAACCUUACAAGUCUUGUAGUUGGUAGUUAUGUGAAUAUGUUCCAGUGGACAGUAGAAUGUCCCUUGUCUUGCUAACUUGGUCAAAAAUCUCUCCACAGAUCUAUCUCAGAAGACUAUACAUAGUAGAAUGUAGAUCAUUAGCUGUAUAAGUGUAGGCUACUUUGUAUGUACAUUGCAGGUUAUCUCUUCAAACUUGUGAGGCUUGAGAGCUUGUUCCCUUAUAAUGUAGUGUUAUGGUUUUGUACAGUAUAGAAUGUAUUGUUUCAGCUGCAUAUGUGUAUUCCAUUGCAUUUAGAGAUGUGCUGAUAGAACAGACUUCUCGCAAGAGUUGGGAUCGGGAUGAAAUGUGUUUUCCCAAGUCGUACUUGAUACGUACGUGGUCACAGUUUUCGCGUUAUAACGAGUCCAAAGCCAGGAAUCUACUGAAAGAAGGGAGACCCAACUGUUGUCUGAAUAAUGUAUGGGUUCAAGUAGUAACUCCUUGUUCUAUUAGCAAGCAUGUGUAUGUACAUGUAUACUUGAUAAUAACAUAUGAACUAUCCUGUCGCAAAGAAAUACAAUAACGUCACCUCAAUAGUUGGAAACUAAUAUCUUUCUCUUAAAUGUGCUCGGGGCAUGAUAUUCUUUUCUCUUAUUUGUUGCAUUUGAGCUGAUUGUACAUGCUGGUUCAUGGGUUAUGACAUCAGCUUUCAUAGUCAAAUAUUGGUCUGACGACCCUGGUGACUUCACUGCACUCUAUUGGCGAUCUUCUGUACUGGGUAUGCCUUUUCUCAAUUGAAAUGGUUCUGAUCAUAGACCUUGACAAGUACAUUGGAAAUGAGCAAGGAGUUUCACAACAACUCGGAAUCAAUAUACAAAGUUCAUUGUUGAGGCUCUGCUCAUUAGAAUUUGCCAUGUUUUCAAACAAAUUUUGAUAAUCGACAGCCCGAUCUGACAAGCUGUGCAAUUUCUCUUUUCUCUCUCUUUCACAUAUCUGCAUGUUAUAUAGAGUAUUGUCUAGAAAUAAACAAAUGACAUUACAGUCUGUUGACAUUACAUUCCUCAUGGUGAGGCUGUGUACAGAUUGCAAAUUGUCCUUUUGGGAGGUUAUAUGAUUGAAAAUCCAUUGAAUAUUAGCAGCAUUAAGAGUGAAUAAUAAAGAUCGAUUUAGAUAAGAUUUAGAUGCAGGCAAAAUUUUGGCCCUUCUGAAGUUUUCACAAGAAACUUCAAUGGCAAUUUAUUCUGAAGAAUUGUAACCUGUUGUCAAAAAAUGCUUGGGUGGGUCUGUGAUGGUGAAUAGCAAGUUUUUAAUUGACCUGGCCAUGCCGUGCAUGAACUGGUAAUGAAAAAAGACAUUAUAGCUCACCACAGUAACUACAUAAUCAUGAAAGCCACUCUGUUCAUCAAGUUAUCAUGAAGCUGGGACAUCUUGAAUCGAAUGACUUCUUAAAAUUCUUGACAAAAUUUUUGUCAUUGAUUUAACUUUCCCUACGUGUAUACGCUUGAUAAAGAUGUACUAAGCAUUGUGUCUAUCUAUCUGGCAUUUGGCAUUUUGCAUUGUAUGUGUGCAUGCUUUGGUGAUCAACAGUGUAGUAAUCACGGUCAAGUUGAGAUAAAUAUGUAGUGUAGAAAGGAAUUGACAAAGAAGUGAACAUAAAGAGAAAAAAAUUGAUAGGUGUUGUAGCAUUUUAAUGUGCUGAAACAAAACUGUAUUAUCAUUUUAGGAUGUAAUCAUUAGAGUUAACAGUGCAACCUCAGGCCACUGAAGAGAUACCGCCGUCACAGUAACCUGUGCAAAAAGUUUGCAUGUCCAAAAGUUAGAUUUAUCAAUUCAAUAAAUAGUAAUGCAUUUUUUGGCUAAAAAACUAAGGUCUCAAAUGUCGCCAAUUUUGAACAAAAUAGGCCUACUAAGAUUGUUGGAAAACCCAUAUUUGACGUUCACAAUUUGAUGACCAGAAGAGGGGUUGGGGCAAUGUCCUGGUUCUUCUGUUAUCCUUGCACUGUAGCAAUAUAUCUUAUCAUAAAAACAAUGUGCCACACUACACACAUGUACUUGACUGUAGUCUUUUCCUAUCUUUAAAGGCUGUAUGUUCACCAUUAUCCAAUCAAUAUAAAUUUUGUAUAUUUUAUAUGGCAUGCAGUACCCAGUCCGACAAGUCAAAUGUCAAUAAAACUAAAAUGUAUAUUUGAUCAUGUUGAUGUUGUAAUAAACAAGCAGUGUACAUGGUAAA